CCAGCAUUGGUCUUCCUUUUUUCUCGUCGCCCCAGAAGCAACCCUUGGUCUCGAUCGGCCACUGCGCGACUGGAUGCAGAGUCCUUCUGGAACCAGAUCUGUCCUACAACGUCAGCGGGCAAGCCGACACUCCAGCCAGCUACCCGUGGAGAAAGACAUGCCAUAAGUGCGACAAUUCGUCCUUGUAUACUGCCGAUCAGUUCCACCUCAUACUUCCUGCAUUGUAACAACCACGGCCUCAGCACGUCUAUGAUCCUCCAACGAGCUUUGCCAGGUCUUUUCCACAUCCGCCAAAAUGGCAACACAAACAGACCCCACAUCACAUGAGCUGCAUUCGGACAACACCAACAACAACAACAAUAAUAAUAACAAUAACAACAGGUUCUCUGCUUUGCUGAAGAGGUUUCUGGGCAGACACAAUAUCCCUGCAACGUCGACGAUUUCGACGGAAGAACCCCAAUCUUCGGCCCCCGAAGCUUCGUCCACCUCAAGCAUCCUCCGGCGGGCUUCGAGGCGGGUUGUACCAGGCUUACCGCGCGCAAAGACAUUCAAAAGACAACAGUCCGAGGUCAGAGAGAAGUUGGAGGUAGACAAGCCGACACAGGCCGAACGAAGAGCAGUCUCUGUGGAUCGGCGGGGCCUCCACCCGCUUCGCAAUGUCUCUUCGAAUAGAAGCCAACAGUUACCUCGCGCGAGCGCACCUGAGUUUCUGAACAACACAUUCUCGGUGGCGGCAGACGGCGAUGCGCUGCUUGUACCCCAAAGCCCUGCCGAGGAGAGGCCAUCCUUGAACGUGUCAGGCAUCGAUGCGUCGGAUGUUGACCCUGAGCCAGAAGAGCCUUCUGCGCUCGCCAAGAUUCCGUCCAGAGAGCCUUCAACGGCGGAUGCUCGAUCAACAACGACGUCUAUGUAUGAAGCUCAGAUCCAUGAUGAACUCGAGAGCAAGUGGAUCCUAAAUUUAUCCAUGCACUUCAGAGAUAAGUCGAAAAGAGAGAAGUUCUUUGUAACGUAUAGGGAGAAGGAGUUCUCGUGGCGCCGUGUGACAAUUUCCCUGGAUUACCGAAAUGCACCUCCCGAAUCUCUAGAGAGCGACUUGCAGAAAACUAAGUUCCAGAGGGAGAAGAGUGCAAAAAUAUAUGAUGCUAUCCGUGAAAGCCUUCAGGACAUCCAGUUCUAUGAUACUGUUACCAACCUCAAGUUGCAAACUACCGAUGGAAGACUGCAUGUUCAUGUUGUUGAAGACGUUAAUGAGAUUAUACACUUCCCUAUCGUUCGUACGGUGCAACAUUUGAGAUGUCGGCGAAUUCGGGAAAGGGACAUAAUGUUUGACUCUCACAUGUCAGGUUUUGUCUAUAAAGUCCGCGUGAAUGGAGAGACUCUCAUCAAGAAGGAGAUUCCGGGGCCUGAUACCGUGGACGAAUUCCUAUACGAGGUCAACGCUCUGAAUUCGUUGCGGUUUUCUUCUGAUACCAUCUCCUUCUACGGUAUCGUUGUCGAUGACGAAGACCAGAAAGUCAAGGGUCUCCUCAUUGAUUACGCCGAGAAGGGGGCACUUAUUGACAUCAUCUACGAUGCACAAGAACACGGCUUGGAUCUACCAUGGGCCACACGUGAGAAAUGGUCACGGCAAAUUGUCCAAGGGCUUGCUGAUAUCCACGAAGCUGGUUUCGUUCAGGGCGAUUUUACACUUUCCAAUAUUGUAAUCGAUGAGAAUGAUAAUGCGAAAAUCAUAGACAUCAACAGACGUGGUUGCCCAGUUGGCUGGGAACCGCCGGAGGCAACUCCACUUAUCGAAAGCAACCAACGAAUAUUUAUGUAUAUUGGGGUGAAGUCGGACCUGUAUCAACUUGGUAUGGUCCUGUGGGCACUAGCAACGCUCGAGGACGAGCCCGAGGCCCAUCGCCGACCGUUACACCUGGACCCGGAGAUCACGGUGCCGAGAUGGUACCGUAGGAUGAUGGAAGUUUGUCUAAGUGAUAACCCGCGGUUGCGGCUGCAAGCAACGGUACUUGUUGCAAUGUUUCCAGAACAUAUUCAGGAAGACUACGACCAGAUCGAUCCACCUUCUAUAUCCGUGGACGAUGGCCACUCAGUGCAACAGUAUAUGGUGGAGGGGUAUGGGCGUAAUGGGCAUCCCGUUAUCAGAACAGUCACGCCGCAAAGUGAUACGUACUUCCCUAACAUGGAUUACGAGUCAGGUGUUACCUCGCCUGGCUUAUCUGACGAUGCCUACUAUUACCCUCCCCGUGGACGGUCCCCUCCUAGUCCGCUCCCAAGCAAUCUUGACGAAUGUGACUCGUCUUACCUGGGACGCAAUGCUAAAUGGGCAGAAAAUGAUUCAACACCGUCAGUCAGCGAUGCGGGCAACAACGAAAGCCAACUUGGAACGCCCAAAAAUAUAGAAAAGGCUUCAGUUCGAGAAAUCACGAAACAACUGGAAGGAACCCUAAAAACUAUUGGAGCUCAAGCUGAAGAGAAAGAUGCAAUCAGGCACGAUUCUGUCUAUGAGGAUGCCGAGUCAAUCGAUUGGGAGCCACGUACCGAAUCGGUACAGACACCCAAAAUAUUUGUCGAAGAAAUAGGAGAGUCUUUCAAUCAGAACCAGUCGAAGAACCGACUCUCGGAAGAUCUGACCUCCGCUUGCGAACCGUCUCAGCACAAGGACCCGACAGUCGCUGGUGCUGCUCUGCAGAGCAGCCUUUCUCAGGACCAAGCAGUAGUCCCAAAUACUUCGUCGGUACCUAAGAAGACGGGCAAUAUGGAUGACAACCCACAUUUGCUCCUGCAAUCGUCACCAUUGCUCCACCAGGACAACAAUUCAAGGGACGACAACAACACGGCAGAUUCAAGUUAUAUGCCUCCUGAAAACCCACCAGUCACAUCCGCUGCCUUCGAAGUGCCUCCAUCGGAGCCGAAAUUCUCACCGAGUCACGACGUAGCAACUGACCUCACUGGUAUUGGUACUGGAUAUAGCGCAGAAGACGAGUACAGAAACCCAUCAUGUUCCGACGAGGAUUUAGGCAUAAUCACGAGCACGGCAGCGAACCAGAACGUAGCAUCACAAGCAUAAGAACAUUGCAACCGAAGAUACGACAGCAAACAAGAUACAGGAUGGCGACACAGGACCAAGGGUGAUUUUUCGAGAUAAUCUCAGAGCAUCAAUGCUGGAAAGACAGUUCACAGGAUUCUUUCACGCAUGGAGUUUUGGAUUUGCAUUGGUAGAUUGGGAUGUCAGUGUGCACAUAUCAUACGCCAUCUUACGAAACUCACGGAGUGGAUGACUUGUACAAUUAUAGCAAAUAUUUAGCUAGAUGACCAUCAAUGAUGAUACGAUUUGUUUAUAGACCUCCGACUCAUGUCAAUUCUAUAGUCAGAC